GUAGACGUUAUGUGACGCAGUUAUCUUGGAUCCCGUAGAUAUAGUUAAAUAGUUAAAUUUAAAAGAUGGACGGCAGUAAAAUAAAACGUGCUUCGAAAAAACUUAAGCGUAAAUUUAGUCUUGCCGAUAAAUUAGAUAAAAAAAGUCGAAAAAAACUAAAGAAACAAAAAUCUGAUGCAUCAAUCGCUGGCUCUAUAACUGAUGUCAAUAAGAAAAAGUCAGGGCAAUUAUCGACUGUGAGCAUUGCAUUACCUGGAUCUAUUUUGGAAAAUUCUCAAUCUCCAGAGCUGCGUACUUACUUAGCUGGGCAGAUUGCUCGAGCUGCCGUUAUUUUUAAUGUUGAUGAAAUUAUUAUUUUUAAUGAAUCUUUAUCCAAAAAAACAAACGAGGGACUAUUCAAAGGUUCAACCAAGUCAAGUGAUCCUAAUAUUUUACUAGCGCGCAUAUUGCAGUAUCUUGAAUGCCCACAAUAUCUUCGUAAAGAGUUUUUUCCAGUUCAUCAAGAUUUAAAAUAUGCAGGAAUUUUAAACCCGCUUGAUUGUCCACAUCACAUGCGUGCUGAUGACAUUGUGGCUUAUAGGGAAGGUGUGACAUUAAAUAGGCCUGUAAAAAAAGGAGAAGGAUCAUUUGUUAAUGUUGGUAUAAUGAAGGAUGUCAAAAUAGAUAAACACCUGAAACCAAAUAUUCGUGUUACAGUAAAAUUAGAUCCAUAUGAACAAGAAACCAUUGAAAAGAAAAGGUAUCUCACUGGCCGUGUUGUUACUCCUUCAACUCCACGUGAAGAAGCUGGAAUAUAUUGGGGAUACUCUGUGAGACUUGCAGAAAAUUUCAGCUCAGUUUUUACCAAUUGUCCAUACAAAGGAGGUUAUGAUCUUACCAUAGGUACUUCUGAAAAUGGUGGAGAUAUUAAUAGUAUUGAAAUACCAUCAUACAAUCAUCUUCUACUUGUUUUUGGUGGUUCAAAAGGACUGGAGUAUAGUUUUGAGUCAGAAGAAUCACUACGUGACACCGACGUGACACUACUUUUUGAUCAUUUUAUUAAUUAUUGUUCAAAUCAAGGAACUAGAACUGUUAGAACUGAGGAAGCUGUUUUUAUUACUCUGGCAGUUCUUCGCUCCAAGCUUUCGAAAACGUAAACUAUGUUGCGACAGGACAUAAAAAGGAUUUCCAGUUGCUCAAAUAAAAAUAGUUUAACCUAAAGAAAUAAUUUAUCGAAUAGAAGUUAUUAGACAUCAAUUUUAAAUUUUUACAAAAAUGUUUUUAUUUGUGAAUAGCAUUUUUAAUGAUCUUAAACCUUGUUUAUUUGAAUUGUUUCGAUGUCUUGGAAACGUUUAUAUGGUUGUAGUAGCAACAAGUUUUAUAUUGCACAGGUUCAUCAGCAUGAUUCAGUGAUGUUAUACGAUAAUUUAGCGUUGGUAAAAAAAAUUCUAUUAAAGAAGAAAAAAAACUUUUUUAAAUAAUACUUAAUGUUUAAAUUGA